GAAGAAACUAGUAUUGGGUCUUUACCUGACUUACAAUUAACCUCCUUCUACAUAUUAUUUCUAUACAUUAUAUACCCUUCAAACAUCAAAGAGAAAGACUUGUAGCUCAAAAACAAAAAUGGCUUACCACCAUCCAUGGAUAUUCAUCUCUGGCAUUCUAGGUAACAUUCUCUCUUUCAUGGUGUACCUUGCUCCUUUGCCAACAUUUGUUCGGGUUUAUAAAAAGAAAUCAACAGAAGGGUUCGAAUCACUACCUUACGUGGUUGCCCUAGUGAGUGCGGUGCUAUGGAUCUAUUACGCCACUUUAAAACCCAAUGCUUUCCUUUUAAUGACCAUAAACUCCAUUGGUUGUGUUGUGGAAACCAUUUACAUCAUCGUCUUCAUCGUUUAUGCUCCCAAGAAAGCUCGGAUAUUGACAUUGAGGUUGCUUCUGGUAUUCAAUAUGGGAGCUCUUGUUUUGGUUCUUAUUACACAUUUCUUUUUAAAAGGGAGAAGUCGAAUCCAUGUUAUUGGAUGGUCAUGUGUGGUGACAUCGGCUGCUGUUUUUGCAGCUCCUUUGAGUAUAAUGAGGUCGGUCAUUCACACCAAAAGUGUGGAGUUCAUGCCAUUCACUUUAUCAUUUUUCCUCACCUGCAGCGCCAUCUUGUGGUUGGUUUACGGGCUACUUCUUAAGGACUUUUAUAUAUCUCUCCCAAACAUUGUGGGAGUUGUUCUAGGAACAAUCCAAAUGCUACUAUAUGUAGUCUACAAAAAGUUCAAUAACAACUUUGCCAAAGACCAUGAAAGGAAGCAACCGUCGCCGACUGUGAACGGAAAGAACAUGAAUCAUAUCAAAGCUUCAAAUAUAGACAGUUCGUCGCCGCAAGUUUCAGUUUCCGGUGACAUCGAAGUCGGUAGAGAUGAAAAUUUGUAUGGCCCUCAGUUAGAACAUAGUGAUGAUGAAGCUUAAUGUGGAGUUUGAAUUUGCCUUAAUUUUACAUUGUUACCCAUUAUACACAACUUUUAAAGAUAUUAAUAUGUAACUAAAGCCAAAUUAAGGCAGGAGCAACCAUUGAAAUGAUUGGACUCCUGGUUUUUCAAGGCUUCCUUUUUUAAAUAUUUAAUUUUGCAUUUUUUUUUCUUUGCCAUUGGAAAGAAAAUUCAAGAUUGGAGGAUGCUUGGACUCUGUAACAUCUCCCAACUGAAAUUUAUAGUUAUAUUUACAAUUAUUGAAGGUUCGAA